GAAGACACAGUGCAGCAGGAGGGGGGGAGAGCGGAAGACAUGGGGCGCACCAGCAGCGGUACAGGGUGGAGGGGGGAGAGCGGAACGGCAGAUCUGUCUACUGUGUCCCCCCCUCCCCCUACUAACUAAAGCACAUAAAGAUGGGAUCCAGACCCAGCCCACAGUCAAGAGCUUUGCCGGUGGUGAGCGGAAACCACACUAUCAGCUCCGAGUCCUGUCCUGCACAAUCACUGAUAGAGACCCACGUGUGACAGACUGAAGAAGUGAGGAGGCACUGCACAUAUCUGGUUUCUCAGGACUUUUGAUCCAACAUGCCGGAACUCACGGAAAAAGUAACAAAGACUUUGAAUAAAACAACCCCAGGACUGCAAAUAUGGAGAAUAGAGAGUAUGGACAUGGUUCCUGUUCCGGAGAAAUCAUAUGGGAACUUUUUCGAUGGCGAUUGCUAUGUUCUCCUGAUGACACACAAAACUGGAAAUAACUUCACCUAUGAUAUCCACUUCUGGGUUGGGAACAAUUCCACCACUGAUGAGCAAGGAGCAGCUGCAAUUUACACCAUACAGAUGGACGAUCACCUUGGAGGAGUAGCUGUCCAGCACCGUGAGGUUCAAGGCUAUGAAAGUGACACAUUCAAGGGCUACUUCAAACAAGGCAUAAUUUAUAAAGCAGGUGGAGUAGCUUCAGGAAUGAAGCAGGUGGAGACAAAUACAUACAACGUGAAACGUCUCCUACACGUCAAAGGAAAGACAAAUGUUUUGGCUGGAGAGGUCCCUUUAGAGUGGAACAGCUUCAAUACCGGUGAUGUCUUCUUGGUGGACCUGGGAAAGUUAAUCAUCCAGUGGAACGGACCCGAGAGCAACAAAAUGGAGAGACUAAAGGGCAUGAACCUGGCAAAAGAUAUCCGCGACCGUGAACGUGGCGGGCGUUCCCAUGUUUACGUGGUGGAAGGAGAUAAUGAAGAAGGUUCGCCUAAGCUGAUGGAAAUCCUUUAUUAUAUCCUGGGAGCAAGAAAAGAAAUUAAAGUUUCCAUACCUGAUGAUGUGGUGGAUAAAGCAUCAAAAGUGAUAAAACUGUAUCAAGUGUCAGAUAAUAGCGGGAACCUCAUGGUACAAGAAGUGGCCACCACACCCUUGACUCAGGACUUGUUGAAUCACAGUGACUGCUACCUCUUGGAUCAGGGUGGAAUGAAGAUUUUUGUGUGGAAAGGAAAAGAUUCUUCAAAGGAGGAAAAAAAACAAGCAAUGGAGAGAGCCUUGAAUUUUAUCAAAGCAAAGAACUACCCCCCUUCCACUAACAUUGAGGUGCAGAAUGAUGGUUCGGAAUCAGCAGUCUUUAAGCAACUCUUCCAGAAAUGGAACACAAAGGAUCAGACCGCUGGGUUUGGCAAGACAAAUACUGUUGGUAAAGUGGCAAAAGUUGAACAAGUGAAGUUUGAUGCCACCUUGAUGCACGCCAAACCUGAGAUAGCUGCGCAUCAGAAGAUGGUGGAUGAUGGAUCUGGGGAAGCAGAGGUCUGGAGAAUUGAGAAUCUAGAACUGGUGCCAGUAGAAAAACAAUGGCUUGGCCAUUUCUAUGGAGGUGACUGUUACCUGAUUCUCUACAGAUAUCUCGUCAAUAACAAAUACCAUUAUAUUAUCUACAUAUGGCAGGGCCGCCACGCCACUCAAGAUGAGAUUGCUGCAUCCGCGUUUCAGGCUGUGAUCCUGGAUCAGCAGUAUGAUGGGCAACCUGUGCAGGUGCGCGUGGCUAUGGGAAAGGAACCCUCGCACCUCAUGGCCAUAUUCAAAGGGAAGAUGGUGGUGUAUGAGGGUGGUACAUCUCGCGCAGACAAUGAUGAGACACCCCCUGAGGUCAGAUUAUUUCAUGUCCACGGAACCAAUGAAUACAAUACCAAGGCUUUUGAAGUAACUGUCCGGGCAUCAUCCCUCAACUCCAAUGAUGUAUUUGUGCUGAAGACGAAAGGAACCUGCUAUUUGUGGUGUGGAAAGGGCAGUAGUGGCGAUGAGAGAGAAAUGGCCAAGAAUGUUGCUGACCUGAUUUCCAGGGGUGAGAAGGUGGUGUUAGCCGAGGGCCAGGAACCAGAUGAGUUCUGGCUGGCUCUGGGAGGCAAAAGCCAGUAUGCUAACAUUAAGAGGCUGCAGGAACAGACAGCCGACAUUAUCCCGCGCCUAUUUGAAUGUUCUAAUAAAACAGGAGUCUUUGUUGCAACUGAAAUCACAGAUUACAACCAAGACGACUUGGAUGAAGAUGAUGUGUUCCUGCUGGAUGCUUGGGAUCAGGUCUUCUUAUGGAUUGGUAAAAAUGCAAAUGAAACAGAAAAGAAGGAUGCUGCACUUACAGCUCAGGAGUAUUUAAAAUCUCACCCUGGUGGACGUGAUCGUGACACACCCAUAAUUAUAGUGAAGCAAGGAUUUGAGCCCCCUACCUUCACUGGCUGGUUCCAUGCAUGGGAUCCAUAUAAAUGGGAAAAUACAAAAUCUUAUGAAGAGCUGAAAGCAGAACUGGGAGAUGAUGGUGAGAUUGAUCAGUUCUCUUCGGACUUUACCAAGGUGGAGCUGGACUCUUUCACCGCUCUGACAGAUUUUAGGUCCCUGAUUUCUCAGACGCACCCAGCAGAAGCGCUGAUAAAUAAGACAGCGGAUGAAUUGCCCACAGGGGUUGACCCCACAAGGAAAGAGGAAUAUCUGUCCACUGAGGAUUUUACAAGUAUAUUUGGAGUAUCUCGCAAUGAAUUCCAAGCUUUGCCUGAAUGGAAGAGACAGAACAUCAAGAAAGAAAAAGGACUGUUCUGAUUGUAUCUUGACUGUUUGCUUUCUUUAGUUUUUAAUAUUCCUUUUUGUUCCCUCAGAAAUACCUUCUUACUCUCGCAUGGGCAGGCCAGAGAGCUCGGACGAUAUAAAACCCUUUACACAUAAAUCGAGAGUUUUUACAGAAAGAGUAAUAAAAUGGUAUUGUUCUAAAAAACCAGACCAUGUCUCC